AUUCCAAAAUUUCAAUUUGAACUUAUGAUGCCAGUUUUCCUUCCCCGUUUAGGACCUAGGAUUCACCAUUCUUUUUUAUUUUUCAGGCUGUUUUGUGUAAAUACAAUUUUUUAUUUUUAUUAACCAUAUUUCGAUUUUGGGAAACCAGAUCAUACUAUAUUUUCUUUAGUAGUUGGGGACAUCUGACCAUUAAUAUUUCAGAAGAUUAAAAAACUGAAAGUAGUAGGCUUUCCAUUACUUGUAAGGAUCACAGAAAUCUUUUAUACUAAGGGUUUUAAUAGUAAACUUGGUGAGAGUUCUAGAAAUUUUAUCUUAAAUAUCAAAACAAAUGGCCAUUUUUUUAAAUGUAGGCAUGCUUAAACAAAAACCAGUAAGUUAGAAUAAAUAUACUUCAACUGAGAGCACAAAUAUGGCAAGUUAUGGUCAAAGGUUUAUGAAAGUGGUAUUCUGGCCUCUUAAUUCUUAGCUGUAUAGUUACGGUUUCUUCCUUUGACUUCAAUGUCUGGUUAAAGGUACAAAAGGUACAAAAUCUAUUUCCAACUCACUCUAUAACAUCUGAUACUAACAGUAUGCUAGAGAUUUACCUCUGGCCUGUGGCACUAAUAGAAUUAUUUUAAAAAUUACAUUUGAAGCAGGGUACUACACUUUUGUCCUCACUCAAUUAACAUGUAUACUUCAGAAGUGUGAAAACUUCAGAAGUGUUACGAGUUUUCCUUAAUCUUGCUACUGCCUUUAUUCUAAAAUCUUAUUUAUAUUCCCCUCAGGUUUCAUCCACUUCCCUAACUCAUAAGAGUGAUUCUUGUCAAAAGAUCUGCCUGCCUGCCUGCCUUCCUGCCAGCUUAUGUCCUUGGCAUCCAUUUUUGGAGAAUAACAAUUUAGAGGGCCACGAUGAUGUCCAACUUGAGGAAAUUUGCAGUGAGUCAUAAGAAAAUAUCCAUCUUGCACAUUAAUAAUAUGUGUUGCUCUAAAAUAAGAGCAAGUUUAAAAAGAUUGCACCCACAUAUGCUUCUUGGAAGAAAUUACAGUUCUCUACCAGGUUUAAUAGGAGAUGAUAUCAAAUCCCUUCAUUCCAUCAUCAAUCCUCCUAUAGCUAAAAUCCGUAACAUUGGAAUUAUGGCUCAUAUUGACGCAGGCAAAACUACCACCACAGAAAGAAUAUUGUACUAUUCUGGAUAUACAAGAUCACUGGGAGAUGUUGAUGAUGGAGACACAGUGACAGAUUUCAUGGCUCAAGAGCGAGAAAGAGGCAUUACAAUUCAAUCUGCUGCUGUCACAUUUGAUUGGAAGGGCUAUAGAGUAAAUCUAAUUGAUACGCCAGGUCAUGUGGACUUUACCUUGGAGGUUGAGCGCUGCCUCAGAGUGUUGGAUGGUGCAGUGGCUGUAUUUGAUGCCUCUGCUGGAGUGGAGGCACAAACUCUCACAGUGUGGAGGCAAGCUGAUAAACACAAGAUACCUCGAAUCUGUUUUUUAAACAAGAUGGACAAAACUGGAGCAAGUUUUAACUAUGCAGUUGAAAGCAUCAAAGAGAAGUUGAAGGCAAAGCCUUUGCUUUUACAGUUGCCAAUUGGUGAAGCCAAAACUUUCAGAGGAGUGGUGGAUGUAGUAAGUAAAGAAAAAUUUCUUUGGAACCCCAAUUCAGAUGAUGGAAAAGACUUUGAGAGAAAACUGCUCUUGGAAAUGAGUGAUCCUCAAUUGCUGAAGGAGACAACUGAAGCAAGGAAUGCCUUAAUUGAACAAGUUGCAGAUUUGGAUGAUGAAUUUGCAGAUCUGGUUUUAGGAGAAUUUAGUGAAAAUUUUGAUUUGCUACCAGCUGAAAAGCUACAGACUGCAAUUCACAGAGUAACACUGGCUCAGACAGCAGUACCUGUGCUUUGUGGAAGUGCCCUGAAAAACAGAGGGGUCCAGCCCUUGUUAGAUGCUGUUGCUAUGUACUUGCCUUCACCUGAAGAACGCAACCUUGAAUUCCUGCAGUGGUAUAAGGAUGACUUAUGUGCACUGGCAUUUAAAGUUCUCCAUGACAAGCACCGAGGGCCGCUGGUUUUUAUGCGCAUUUACUCGGGAAUGAUAAAACCCCAGUCAGCCAUCCAUAAUAUUAAUGGAAACUGCACGGAGAGAAUAAGUCGUCUGCUUUUGCCAUUUGCUGACCAACAUAUAGAAAUCCCUUCACUCAGUGCUGGUAACAUUGCUUUGACUGUUGGGCUUAAACAUACUACCACUGGAGACACAAUUGUCUCAUCCAAGUCCAGUGCAUUAGCUGCAGCUCGUCGAGCCAAAACAGAAGGAGAAAAGCUGCACAGACAAAACAAUGAAGCAGACAGACUUUUAUUGGCUGGGGUAGAGAUUCCAGAACCUGUUUUCUUCUGUACCAUAGAACCCCCUUCAGUGGCCAAGCAGUCAGAUUUGGAUUAUGCAUUGAAAUGCCUUCAGCGUGAAGAUCCCAGCUUGAAAGUGAGGUUAGAUCCUGACUCUGGACAAACUGUUCUCUGUGGUAUGGGUGAAUUACAUAUUGAGAUUAUUCAUGACCGAAUCAAGAGUGAAUAUGGACUGGAAACCUAUCUAGGACCUCUCCAGGUGGCAUACCGAGAGACCAUCCUAAAUUCAGUUCGUGCCACAGAUACCUUAGAUAGAACUUUGGGAGACAAACGGAAUCUUGUGACUGUAGAACUGGAAGCAAAGCCAUCUGAGUCAUCAUCUGGUAGGCCAGUUAUCGAGUAUGCUGAAAGUAUUAGUAAAGACCUUUUGAAGGCCUCCCAAGAGGCUAUUGAAAAUGGAAUUCACAGUGCAUGCCUCCAAGGACCACUGCUUGGAUCCCCAGUUCAAGAUGUGGCAAUUACUUUACAUUCACUGAUAAUUCAUCCUGGUACCUCCACAACCAUGAUUUCUGCCUGUGUCUCAAGAUGUGUCCAAAAGGUUCUGAAGAAAGCUGAUAAGCAAAUUUUGGAGCCCCUAAUGAAUCUCGAGGUUACAGUGACUAGAGAUUACCUCAGCCCUGUUCUGGCAGAUCUAGCACAAAGAAGAGGGAACAUUCAGGAAAUCCAGACUCGUCAGGACAACAAAGUUGUUAUUGGAUUUGUUCCCUUAGCAGAAACUAUGGGUUAUUCAACUGUGCUUCGAACACUGACUUCAGGCUCAGCUACUUUUGCCUUAGAGGUAUCUAAUUUUCAAGCAAUGAACCCUCAAGAACAAAGCGCACUGCUGAGCCGGAGAAGUGGCCUGACCUAAGUGCUUUGGGCCCUUGCAGAGAAGAGCAAUUCAGGAGUGAAUACCUGCCUCCAUUUGCCUGCAGUAAGACCAAUUUUUAUUGUGUUAUUAGACAAACUAUUGUUUAAUUAUAAAGAUGUAACUUGAGAACUGGA